AUGUUAGCCAAUAGCUGUCCCUCUACACUUCCUUCUAAUUCUGAGCCAUUUUCUUGCUUGGAAAAUGGAAAUAACAAUAACAAGAGGAAAAGAAGGCCAGCAGGAACACCAGAUCCAGAUGCAGAGGUUGUUUCUUUAUCGCCAAAAACACUAUUGGAAUCCGAUCGUUACGUUUGUGAGAUCUGCAACCAAGGGUUUCAAAGAGACCAAAACCUACAGAUGCAUAGAAGAAGGCAUAAGGUCCCAUGGAAGCUACUAAAGCGAGAGACCCCAGUUGUAAGAAAGCGAGUAUUUGUAUGCCCAGAGCCUAGUUGCUUGCACCAUGACCCUUGUCACGCGCUUGGUGAUCUUGUUGGGAUAAAGAAGCAUUUUCGAAGAAAACAUAGCAAUCACAAACAAUGGGUUUGCGAAAAAUGCUCUAAAGGUUAUGCUGUUCAAUCUGAUUAUAAAGCUCAUCUCAAAACCUGUGGCACCCGUGGACAUUCUUGUGAUUGCGGCCGUGUUUUUUCCAGAGUUGAGAGUUUUAUAGAACACCAAGAUUCUUGCGAUAUGGGGCGGCUCCGAUCAGAAUCACAGUCACUACAUCCAGCUGCAUGCUUGUCUAGAACUGCUUCAAGUCCAAGCCCUUCUAGUGAUACCAAUUUUAGUACAGCUCCUUGGCCUUCUUUGAUAAUACCAAGGCCAACAACAACUGAUCAUGCCAUGUUCUUGAGCCCUACUGCUGCUGCUGCUGCUACUACUACUAAUGUCGUGGAUAGAACGGAUUCUUCAAAAAGGGCUGCACACUACCAUAAUUUGGAGCUUCAGCUUUCAACUACUUCAAGAAACCCCCUUGAGGUCUCAGUUUCUCCUAAAGGAGAUGAUAAUCAUUCCACUCAGUUGCAGCUCUCAAUUGGGUCAAGUGAUGCUAGUGACAGAAAUGAAUCAAACAUUACUUACACAAAAAAAGAUCAUGCUGGCAAAAGCUCUCCAAGAGAGAGCAAUAAUAGUCCAAAACCUGAAUUGGGUGCUUCAAGGCUUAAAGAACAAGCGCGAGAGCAGUUAAGGGUGGCCAUGGCAGAGAAGAUUUAUGCUGAAGAGGCAAGACAAACGGCUAAAAGACAGAUUGAAUUGGCAGAACAAGAAUUUGCCAAUGCGAGGAGAAUUAGGCAACAAGCUCAAGCUGAGUUAGACAAAGCACAAGCUUUGAGACAACAUGCAAUAAAGCAGAUCCAUUCCACUAUUCUACAAAUCACUUGCCAUGCUUGCAAACAGAAGUUCCAUGCAAGAACACCUACAGAUGAUCAGAACUCUUUGGUAUUCAGUUACAUUUCAUCAGCUAUAACAGAAGGUGAAGUAGAGCACAAUAAUGGAAAUGGUCUAGCAAAAACUUUUAACCGAUGA